AUGGACGGCCAAGGGAACGAACCCGAGGUCCCUAAUCCCACGGCCGAGAACGAACAAUUAGCUCUCGCGGCGGAGACGGAGACGGAGAAUUCAACCGGCGGAGGAGGAGGAGAUAACCCUAAAGAAGAUGGGCUUAUAGAGAAGGCGCAGAAGCUCAUGGAACAUAUCACCGCCGGGGCUAAUAACCCCAACCCUACUGUCCUCCACGCUCUUAGCCACCUCCUCGAAUCUCAGGAGUCUUUGUUUAUAAAGGAGAAUGGGUUCUACUCUAAUGGUCGUGGUAGUCAUAUCAGUGGCAAGCUGUGUAAACUCAUCAAAGAGAAUGAUGAGUUCUUUGAGUUGAUUUCCUCAACUUUUCUAUCUGAGAAUACUUACUCAACAGCUGUGAAGGCAGCCUCCGCAAGGUUGCUAAUGAAUUGGUUGCUUACUUGGACUCAUCCUUAUGUUUUCGAUGAUGCUGUUACGGAGAACUUUAAAAAAUGGGUCUUGGAAGAGGCUGUCAAGUUUCCUGGUGAACACUCUGGAAGCAGUGAGGCCUCGGACUCUGAGAUGUUGAAGACUUAUUCUACUGGACUUCUCGCUCACUCUCUGACGAGUCGUGGUCAAUUAGUUGAAGACGUCUUGACAUCAGGACUAUCUGCUAAGCUUAUGCAUUAUCUUCGAGUACGUGUUAUCGGAGAGGCAAACACGAGCCGUAGAGAUGCAACUGAGGCUAAGCAUGUGUCCUUAAAAACAAAAGAAGAUGGUCGAAGUAGGGUGCGGAGGGUUGUGGAUACAGUUGAAGGUGACCAUGUGCUUGAGGCAGACGCCGGUAGAGAGACUGAUGUACUGUCUGAAGGAGAACUCGAAAUCGAUGGUAGAGAUAGAUGUAAUGCUCCAGCUGUUUUUGACGGUAAAAUGAAGCCUGGAGAAGACAAUACCGGAAGAGAUGACCCUUCAAGAAAUAGACUGAACCGAUCAAAAUCUAGGGCGAGAGGAAAGGUGAACGAAGGUGCUACUAAUACAGACAGUCUCUUGGCAUCUCCUACAUCAGGUCGUCUUGGUGUCAGAGAUAGGGAUCAAUCAAAAAAUUUAGAUGUCAGAAAUGCAGAAGAUGGGACUAUAUGGCUGGGGAAAAUGAAGUCUGGUAUAAUGGAGAUUGAAAGAGAGAAGAAUGAUGAGUGCUUUCAAGAUUGCGUGAUAGGAACCAAAAACAUAACUGAUAUAGUAAAGAGAGCAGUUGGAGCUGCUGAAACGGAAGCUAGAGCUGCCCAUGCUCCUGAUGAAGCAGUUAAAGCAGCCGGUGACGCUGCAGCAGAGCUUGUUAAAACAGCUGCUUUGGAGGAAUUUAAGUCCUCUGGCAGUGAAGAAGCUGCCGUGGCUGCUGCUCGUCGAGCAGCUACUACAGUCAUAGAUGCCGCUGAGGUUUCAAGAAAUCCCACCUGUGUUACAUCUGAUCAGACUGCGGGUACGAGUAGUGUGGAAACAGACGCAAUUGUGGAUGUUGGAGAAGUUUCACUUCCAGAUAUUGAAUCGUUGGCUCAGUUACAGGAAAAGUAUUGCAUCCAGUGCCUAGAGAUACUGGGAGAAUAUGUUGAGGUUCUCGGGCCUGUCCUCCAUGAAAAAGGUGUUGAUGUAUGCAUUACGCUACUGGAGCGUACGUCCCAACUUGGUGAUAGCUUCACACUGUCGCCUUUGUUACCUGAUGUAAUGAAGUUAAUUUGCGCGUUGGCUGCACACCGGAAGUUUGCUGCAAUGUUUGUUGACCGGGGUGGCUUGCAGAAGUUACUUGCUGUGCCAAGGGUUACUGAGACCUUUUAUGGUCUCUCAUCUUGCUUAUACACCAUAGGCUCUCUUCAGGGUAUUAUGGAGCGUGUCUGUGCACUUCCAUCGGAUCUCAUACAUCAAGUGGUUAAAUUAGCUAUCGAACUUCUAGACUGUUCCCAGGAUCAAGCCAGAAAAAAUUCAGCCUUAUUCUUUGCUGCUGCUUUUGUCUUUAGAGCCAUUUUAGAUGCAUUUGAUGCUCAUAAUAGUUUGCAGAAACUCCUUGCAAUUCUUAAAGAUGCAGCCUCAGUUAGAACUGGUGCUAACUCUGACCGAUCACCCCCUGAAGUCAUGACGUCCUCAGAGAAACAGAUGGCUUUUCACACCUGUUUUGCUUUGCGCCAAUAUUUUAGAGCUCAUCUGCUUUUGCUUGUGGAAUCCAUUCGUCCAAGCAGAAGUGGCCGAGGUGGUGUGCCAAAAGUUCCGAAUAUAAGGGCAGCCCAUAAGCCCCUUGACAUUAGCAAUGAAGCUGUGGAUGCCGUAUUCCUUCAGUUACAGAAGGAUAGGAAGUUGGGUCCGACCUUUGUGAGAACUCAGUGGCCUGCUGUCAAUAACUUUUUGGCCUCCUCUGGACAUGUUACCAUGUUGGAACUAUGCCAGACUCCACCAGUAGACCGUUAUCUCCAUGAUCUACUUCAGUAUGCUUUUGGUGUUCUUCACAUAGUUACAUCAAUACCUGAUGGCCGCAAAGCAAUUGUGACUGCCACACUCAGCAACAAUCGUGCUGGCAUUGCUGUCAUUCUGGAUGCAACUAAUAUUUCCAACAGCAUAGUGGACCCUGAGAUCAUACAGCCUGCACUAAAUGUCCUAAUCAAUCUGGUGUGCCCACCACCAUCAUUAAGCAAUAAGCCGCUUCUUGCCCAAAAUCAUCAACCUGUUCCCGACCAAGCCACUGCCCGUCCUUCAACCGAUGUUCCUGCAGAUAAUGCUCCGCCAACUCCUGUUGCACCAGCGUCUUCAGGUUUGGUCGGGGAUCGAAGAAUUUUCUUAGGAGCAGGAACCGGUUCUGCUGGCCUUGCUGCUAAGUUGGAGCAGGUUUAUCGUCAAGCACGGGAGGCUGUUCGUGGGAAUGAUGGUAUAAAAAUUCUCUUAAAACUUCUUCAGCCCAGAAUAUAUGUGAAUCCCCCUGCUACCCCAGAUUGUCUACGAGCGCUGGCCUGCAGGGUACUUCUUGGUCUGGCUAGAGAUGAUACAAUUGCACAAAUACUGACUAAACUUGAGGUUGGUAGGAGUUUAUCAGAACUAAUUCGGGACUCAGGUGGUCAGUCAAGUGGAACAGAUCAGGUCAGGUGGCAGGCUGAACUUACGCAGGUGGCCCUUGAGCUGAUAGGGAUAGUGACAAAUUCAGGGCAUGCGAAUACACUAACAGCCAGUGAUGCUGCUACUCCAACACUGAGGCGCAUUGAAAGAGCUGCCAUUGCCGCAGCAACACCUAUAACAUAUGAUUCUAAGGAGCUUUUGCUCCUUAUCCAUGAGCACCUCCAGGCAUCAGGACUUGGUGAAACUGCUUCAGCACUGUUGAAAGAGGCUCAGUUGAAUCCUCUUCCUUCCUUGGCUCCCCCUUCUUCUAUUGCAUAUUCCGCUACACAGGAGAUAUCUGCACCGGUAGCUCAGGUGCAGUGGCCUUCUGGUCGUGCUAGUGGUGGAUUUUUCAACAGCAAACCUGAAGUCUGUGCACACGACGAAGAUCCUAACUCUAGAUGUAAUGCGGCUCUAUCUGCCAAGAAAAAACAACUGGCUUCCUCCACACCGGAGACGUCCACGCCAGUAGCACAGCAACAAUGGCCCUCUGGUCGUACUAACAGUGGUUUUUUCCCCAGCAAACCCAAAGUCAAUGCUCAUGAAGAAGAUCCUAGUUCGAGAGGUAAUGCAGCUCCAUCCGCAAAGAAGAAACAGUUGACUUUCUCUCCCAGCUUUGGUUCGCAGUCACGAAAGCAAUAUUUGUCCCAGGACACUCAAGCUCAGUCUACGCAGAGAAUAAACAGUAAUUCAAAUUCAGAUCCUGCUUGUGCAGAUACAUCAGAAGCUGCUGCAGAGAAGAACGACCUUGAUGCCGAUGCUCAAUUUAAGACCCCAACUUUUCCGAGAAAACGGAAAUUGUCUGAGCUAAGAGAAACAGAGAUGUCAACCUCAAGUAAACGAAUCAAUUUGGGCGAGCUAGGACCACGAACUCCAGCUUGUCCAACAACGGCUUCCUUACGUAGGAAUUCAACCAUUGCGGAGGCUUCAGGUUUCCAAACACCAGCUUCAGCUUUAGAUGUCAACCAAUCUGGAAGCUCCAGACUAGGCCAGAUGACACCUGCUUCUCAGCUAAGGCUUCCAAGCGAUCCCCAGCCGUCGGAACGGCUAUCACUAGACUCCCUUGUAGUCCAGUAUUUGAAACACCAACACAGGCAGUGCCGGGCUCCUAUCACAACUCUCCCCCCUGUGUCUCUCCUACAUCCGCAUGUCUGUCCUGAGCCUAAACGGUUACUUGAAGCUCCACUAAACAUCACUGACCGUCUUGGCACCCGUGAGCUUCAGAGUUAUUACAGUGGAGUCCAUGGGAAUCGCAGGGACCGUCAAUUCGUUUUCAGCAGAUUCAAAUCCUGGAGAUCUUACCGAGAUGAGACUGCUCUCUUCACAAGCAUUUCACUUCUUGGUGGUACUAAUCAUUUAGCAGUCGGUAGCCAUGCUGGAGAAAUCAAAAUAUUUGACGCUAGCAGCGGUAACAUGCUAGAGAGUGUCUCAGGUCACCAGGCUCCGGUUACACUUGUUCAGUCAUAUGUCUCUGGUGAUACUCAACUGUUGCUUUCUUCGAGCUACAGUGAUGUGCAGUUGUGGGACGCGUCUAAUAUAACUGUUGGGUCUAAACACUCGUUUGAUGGAUGCAAGGCUGCAAAGUUCAGCAACUCUGGGUCACUUAUUGCAGCGCUCUCUAGUGAAGGACCAACAAAAGAUGUUCUUCUGUAUAACGUAGAGACCGGCAGUCUUUCCGAGAAAUUCACUGACCCAGACACUUCUUCCCGGACUAGUCCCUAUUCUCUUGUACACUUCAACCCAUGCGAUUCACUAAUAUUGUGGAAUGGUCAUCUCUGGGAUCGCCGUAUCCCAAAUAGUUGCAAACGGUUUGAUCAGUUUACUGAUUAUGGUGGCGGCGGUUUUCAUCCUUCUCGAAAUGAGGUGAUCAUAAACUCGGAGGUCUGGGACUUGAGGAAUAUGAACAGGAGGCUUAUUCGGAGUGUACCAUCAUUGGACCAGACAGCCAUUACGUUCAACUCCAGGGGAGAUGUUAUAUACGCAAUGCUGAGGAGAAACAUUGAGGACGUGAUGUCUGCUGUCAACACACGCCGUGCGAAGCAUCCGUUGUUUGCUGCUUUCCGCACUCUUGAUGCGGUGAACUAUUCAGACAUUGCCACUAUACCGGUGGACCGAUGUCUUCUUGACUUCGCUACAGAACCAACAGAUUCUUUCCUUGGGCUGAUCACAAUGGAAGAUCAAGAUGAUAUGUUUUCCUCAGCCAGGAUGUAUGAGAUUGGCAGACGGAGACCAACGGAUGAUGACUCGGAUCCCGAUGAUGAUGGUGAGACGGAGGAUGAAGAUGAAGAUGAUGAAGACGACGAAGAUGACCUGGACCGGAUUCUUGGACUAGCUGGAGACGACAGUGGAGAUGAUGACAUGAGCAGCGAUGACAGUGAAGAUAACAGUGCGAGUGAUUUUGAUGAUGAUGAUGGAGGUAUGUUCUUUGAUGGUGGGAUUAUGGAGAUUGUAAGUGACGGUGAUGAUGAAGACGAUAAUGGUGAUAGUGAUGGUGAAGACAGUGCUGAUGAUGGUGAUUCCAUUAGCAGUGGCGAAGAGGAUUUUCUCAACAGCAUUCAUUAAUGUUUUUUUCAUGUAUCUCGUCUUCUUUUGAGCUCUAUAGAUUAUAUAAGAUGGAUUCACUAUCCAAAGUUUUGAUAAGUAACGUUAACAUUAUAUAUUAUUAAGAUGAGUUCACUAUCUUA